AUGGAAGGAAUUUUCAAAACUUGUCACGGUUUCGCGUUUGUCACAAACAUCAAGCUCGAUAUUUUUUCCCCGCCAAGAUGUCCUUUUCUAAUCUUUUUGGGUCCUCCGCUGUCGACAUUGGACAGUGAAGAGAAAAAAUCAGAACACGUCACGAAGAAGAUCAAAAUCACCGCCAGUAAUGGGUGGGAGCACGUCUUUGCAAGAGGUGGAAUCAAAACGCGCUUUACAAAAACUACCACCGCAGAUGCGACAGAAUUCCUCAAGAACUAUCGUCCUCGAGCACCAAAACAGAGUCUCGAAAUACUUAUAUCAUUACCUUUGGAUAUCCUAUUCGAGAUCUUUGGGAGGCUGCUUCCACUCGACUUACUUCAUCUCGCACGCACUACCAAGUCUCUGCGCGCCAUGCUGAUGCAUCGCUCAUCUACCACCGUGUGGAUGGCUGCGCGGUCCAAUGUGAAGGGAAUGCCUGCUUGUGCUGAUGACAUGUCAGAGCCUGCGCAUGCGAGCCUCGCGUUCGACAUGCAUUGUCACAAUUGUCUCAAACCAAAUGUGCGCAAUGUCGACUGGAACCUCCGAGUGAGGUACUGCCAAAAAUGCUUUAAAGAGCGCACAGAGGUUAUCGAUGAUAAGUUCAAAAAAGCAUAUGGACCAAAAUUGCACCAUUGCUUGUCAUUGAGCAUGACGCAGAAUCGCAAUGACAUCCGCUGUCUGAUUUCAGACAGGGAAUCAUUGGUCGACGAGUUGUUAAAGCUCGGGCCAGAAGAAAGAUCUGUCUUUCGAGGAACAAAGAGAGAUGCAGUGCUCGUUCGCAAGGAGCAUGCAAUUCUGUGCACAAAAUGGACACAGGGCGAACAACAGAGCAGAUGGGAGGAGCUCGACCAUCUGAGAAGCUUACGCUAUGACGCCAUCGUGAAGAAGUUGAUCGAACUUGGCUGGGAGGAAGAUGUCAACAAGCUUCCAGAUCAGCAUACUGCACGAAUCUACAAGCUGACCCAUUUUGAAGAUCAUCCACUUGUCAAGCAGCCAAAGCCCUUGACCGAUCGUAUCUGGCAAAAUAUCCAACACAAAAUGGUUGAAUUCAUGAGCCAAAUGCGCGAAUUCCGCAUUCAACAAGAAAGAAAACAGCAGAUCAGGGAGCGACAGAGCCUCAUCGCAACGAUAUACAGUGACUGGCAACGGGAGAAAGGGUAUCACAAGUAUCUCAUGCCUACUGCCGCUGAUCUUUUGGGGAUGCGACAAGUUCGCGAUAUCGUGGAGUUGCCUGCUCAUCUGACCAUCACUGUGGAAAAUUUUCAGCCCGUUCGCGAGGAGCUAUCUGAACUAGUCGACACCUGGAAGCGCUGCGCUAUUCAUGAUUUGCGGCCAGAUUUGCUAUGGCAGCUUGAAAUCCACCCCCCGUACUGGCAAGACCGACUCUCUAUUCGAUGCGAGAAACUUGCUGUUGCUGUCUUUACGUGCAGAGUGUGGCUUUGCGAAGACAUUCCUGAGCCUAAUGACUCGCCUCGGUACAUGUACUUCCCGGAGUAUCUUCACCAUAGGUGCAAUCGGAUCCGGCGACGAUCAUGGGAUGAACUUCACCUUCCCAACACGUUUUCAAUGGGCCAAGGAUACCCGGGAAGUACUGUGCAACGAAAGUGGUCCAUGGACGAUCUCGAAUUCGACAAGAAGGCCUCCCAAACCGUGAAGAACAUCCUUCGUGCAUGUGACUUAAACUGGAGAGUGGCAACAGUGUCCGAGCUCGAUGAUCUGGACCCUAGGCUGGUCUGCCUAAAGUGCAGCUAUGGCAACCGCUGUGAUGGAGAGAGACCUAUGAUAGCCCGUUCGUGGCGAGAAUCUGUCAAGCAUUGCGCUAAGAAGCAUUGGAGUGACUCCACUGUGAAGUGGGAGAAAAUUUCGGACGAGGAGGCUAGAAGUCUUCGCCAAGACCAACAGGAAGCCGCCGCGAGUACCACGACACCUCCGCGCAAAAUUUGGCGGUGCACUCAUUGCCAUGACAAGCCUAAAGAACCGGAGAAAAUGACUGUGCAGGGAAUGACGGAUCAUUUGGAGGAUCAUCAUUCGAUAAAUCCAAUCGACCAAGUUGUGGGAAAAGACUUCGCUGAAGCUUUGGACGUGCCUCCUCUAGCUAUUCCUUCUGCAAAACUGAAGCCGAAAGCUGUGGACCCUCCGCCUUUGAAAUAUCACCCAGUACCACACUGGGAAAGAAGCUUCAGCGAUAUGUUUUCAUGAAGUCGCUAUUGCGAACCCAAGUAUGCAGAUAUUGCGAUUGAGUUCGUGGGUAAUUGGUUACCCAUCCAUACUCCAAUAAAAGCUUGAAUAAUUAAUUAGCAUCACAUACCACGUAGUACGUACUAGAGCAGAGCUUGUGGUUAUGAUUAAAUUU